UCUCCAGCGCACACUCACGCCUGCCCUCAGACACGGCGCAACACUUGCCUCGACACCCGCUCAGUGCUCAGCUGGUGUGCGUGGGAGUGCAAUCAUCUCUACACCAAAACAUUGCACUCCUGCAUCAAGAAAGCCACUCUCUCCCCUCGGGACUGAAACAAGCUUCUGUGAGUGAUGCCUCAUCCUGUGUGAGGCUGCCGACCGGGAGCACACGGGAGAAAAAGGAGCGCUCCGACUCCCAGCCCAGAACCCCGACCCCGUCCCGAAAAAAAAAAGCAGCAGAUGUGACAGAAAAGGAGAGGCGGAGAGAAAGAAACACAAUCCCCCCCAACCCCUCCUUCCCUCAUCUGGGAGAACAAUACCCAGCCUUCAGUUGGAGAGGGUCAGCUUUUGUCCCUCUCCCCACGCUCCCACUGAAGAGCGAGGAGCAGACAGACGCGCUGACACAUUGACCCGCUGCUUUGAGAGGAGUGGACGGCGCAAAGCAGUCGCUGAGCUUGGAAAGAUUUCCUUCAGUACUUGGACAGCUCCUGAGCAACAACCAGCUCGGCCGCGAGUUCCCAUGACUUUGUAGACAAUAUUGUUUUUGGUUCAGAGAUUAAGACACCACAGAUGGAGCCCCCGUGUUCGCUCCAACUCGGCCCCUGUGGCCCCUCUCCAUCCCUUGGAUCGCAGAGCGGCACUGCUGGCUUCCAGCAGCUGGAGGAGAAGCAGCUCUUUGAGAAGUUUUGGAAGGGGACUUUCAAGGCUGUGGCCACCCCGAGACCGGAGAGCGUCAUCGUGGCCAGCAUCACCGCACACAGGAGGGUCACCAAUUUGGAGACAGCCGCCUGCCAGCCGCUCAAGAUUGUUGAGAGGAAAGCUGUGGACACCAGGUUGGACAGCGUGGACAGACAUGGCUGCAUCAAAGGGAAAGGACGCAAACACCACAGUCAUCGCAGGGCCAGGAGUCCCUCCUUUGAUGAGGAGCUCUCCCCUCGACCCAAGGGGAAGAAGAAAAAGCGAAAGUCCGAACGUAAGAGGAAAAGGAAAAGGUCUCCUUCCUACAGCCUGUCCCCGCUGAGGAAGAAGAAAAAGAAGAAGAAGAAGAGCUCCAAGAAAAGCAAGCGGCAUAGGUAUACCUCCAAAAGGUCAAAGCACAGCUCUUCAAGUUUAAAACAUAAGAGGAAGGAUGAGCGCAAGCACAAGAAAAGUUCACGGACUCACUCACGGCGAAAGCGACGCUAUCGGAGGUCAGAGUCGGACAGUUCUUCUUACCAAUCAUCCGCAGAGGACAGACACCACCUGCAGAGAUCUGUGGUUCAUCAGACAUUAGGAGACCUGGCAACUGUAGUAGAGGAACACAACGGCAUGCUUGACCAUACAGAGCUGAAGUGGAGACCCGCCACCAAAUCAGUGUGUAAAACGGCUCCAAAAUAUCGCUCCAUCCUCUCCACCGCCACCAUUUUGUCGCCAAAACCUGGAAAAGAGCUUUUACACGGAAAAAAGUCCCAGCAUUUAUCUGGCCAGACCAAAGCUCCACAUGAUUACGAUUCUGGGAAUGAUACGUCUUCGCCUCCGUCAAGCAAAACUGGUGUUUUUCAGGCGAGUGUCACAGACAACAAGAGGAACCACUGUAAACGCCUGGCCUCGCCAGUGAAGCUGAAGUUCACUGACAGAGACAAUACCUCUGAUUCAGGAAACUCUGUGACAAGCUACGCUUCCCUGUGCAAACCUUACAGAGAGGACAGCUUGUCCGCUACGCUUUUCAGUGGAAACGGCAAGAGAGAGCAGAUAACCUUGGGGUGCCGGGUGAGAUCUCCAAAGACUUCCCACUGUUCUCGAAGGACGAGGAAGUCCUCUCGAAGGCGACUGAAAGCCCGGUUAUCCAGCAGCAGGAGUAGGAGCAGAUCAUCAGGAAGUUCCAGAUACUCCAGUCGCUAUUCUCGAAGCCUGUCACUGUCAUCAUGCAGCUCGUACUCACGCUCACCGAGUCAUUCAGCUGAUCUGAGGCGGCGAGGCAGCGUGGCCAGCCUGAGCUCCAGAGGAAGCCACUCCAGAUACAGUGCUGACAGAUUACGAGACAGAAAGAGAACUCAUAGCUCCAGAGAUGCAGAUGUGAAGCAUACACAUAAGGUUAGUGGGAAGAGACAAAGGCGCAAAUCCUACUCCCCUAUGAAGAAGAGGAGAAGAGACUCACCGAGCCAUCUGGAAGCACGCCGGAUCACAAGUGCCAGGAAGCGGCCCAUCCCUUAUUUCCGUCCCAGUCCUUCUUCCAGCAGUCGGUCCACCAGCGUGUCGUCCUGGAGCAGCCUCUUCACCCGCAGCCGCAGCCGCAGCCCAAUCCACAGCCUCAGCCGGAGCAGAAGCAGGAGUAGGAGCCACAGUUACUCCUCUUAUAGGAGCUACAGCCGCAGUUCAUCCUGGAACUCCAUCUUUGGGAGCCGCAGUCGCAGCCGGAGUCGCUGUUCGUUGAACAAACGCAACAAAACCAGGCAUUAAGAUUUAAAGAGCAAGUUAAGGAAACAAAGCACCGGUCAUGUUUCUGUUUCAGAGAGUCGACUGGGUUGGAUUAAUUGACUGUCUGCGUCUCCGUGCUGCGCUUCAACGCUUGACUGGAAAUGUCCCCACAGGGGUCCGACUGCGUCUUCUACUGAGGAAGGAGACUGAAUGUCUUUUUUGUCUGUUUGUUUUGUUCCAGUACUGCAUCCUCCUGGAUUAGCACUCACAAUGGCUUGGGACUGUUCAUCUCUUAGAUACUUUACAAUAGAAACUACACAUAACACAGAAACCGUGUUUAUGUAGUUGGUCAGCACACAACGUUGUUCUUUGUUUUAAUGUUCAAGCACUGAAUUACUCUUUAAAAUAUAUGUUUUUAAAUUGUUUAUCUUAAUAUUUAUUUUUUUUAAACAGAGCUCAUUAAGGCCUGAAUGUACCAAGAAGGUUUGAAUUUACUUGAUAAACAUAUAUUUGGGGGCAAAAUACUGUAUGUUGAAGAUUUUUGCAGAGAAGUGAACUUCUGAGCUUUUUGAUCUGAGGGUUUCAGAGAAAUAGUUGUCGGAAAUAAGGAAAGGUUCCUUGCUCUGAUCUUUGCACUUCAAAAGGUGGAGAACAAACGCGUUUCCUGUGAAAAAUGACACGGCGAGGGUGGCCUGACGGCGAGCAAACUGCCUGUCAGCUCAAAUGUCAAAUUAAUUUAUCCUCUGAUCAAGUGGAACACAAUUGAAAUGUCAGUCCAUGUGAUACCACAGAGAGCGAUUGAAACAUUGUGCUGCAACAGGAACAGGGAUUUUUUUUUUUACAAUUCUUCAAAUGACAGAGGAGGCAUUUGUUUUAAAAGAAGAUGGAUACUUUAAAGGUAAAUAUAUUGGACUUGUUGAGAAGUUGUACCUCAUUUGGUUGCAACCUGUUGACUAUAAUACGUAAAUUAUGAUGGCAUUUACUCUCAAUUUACUUGAAUAUAGUUUUUUUGUUACAACACUGGAACCAAACACAUAAUCCACGCUGUUUUUAAUCUUAAAUUAUAUGACAAGGGAAGGUAAAGUUGUUUUAAUUGUGCAGCCUUACCUUUAUUUAUUACUUAUUUAAUAUUUAUUGGUUUGUUGUCCCUGCCAGUUGUGGGAAAUCUUUCUAUGCAACACUGUCGAUUUGUAGUUAUGACACUGCUGUAAUUUAUUGUUGGUUGGUUCUAAAUUAUUCUUGGAUUUUGCCACCUUACUCAAAUAUACAACUAAAAGUAGAAGCAAGUUUUGUAAAGAUUGAUGAGUAGAAACUGGAAUUUGCUCUCUUGCCAAAAAUGUAACGAAACAAUGAAUACCACUCUCACUAUAGUCUGCUGAGUAUGAAGUUACAACCUGCAGCAGGCUAACUUAGCCUAGCAUAAAGAAUGCCGGAGGAAAAACAGCUAAGACCAGAUCUGCCUGACAGCACCUCCAAAGAGCACUAAUUUAAGUGUGAAUUUGACAAGCUGUGUUUAUACAGGGAUGCACUGGAGGAGGGCUAAGCUAAUUAGCUAUUAGCUGUUAGCAGCUGGUGGGCAGCACUGUCUGGCUUGGCUUAAAUAAAGGAGCUAACAGCCAAAUCUAUUCGAUAAAAAUAAGAAUUCAAAUGUUUUGAUGAUGCAUUUGAAAGUAAUAUUAUAAAAUGUGUUUUUUGGCUUGAAACUUGAAUAAUCACAGUUGCUUAAGAUGUUUUUUAAGCAAAAUAGAUAUUAAAGAGGGAAAUGGGUCCUGUUUAACCUAUUGUUAGCUCUCAUGCUAGAGCUGCUUAUUUUAGGCUUACAUAAUUCAAUCUGCUAUAGCAAAUAUUUUGAUAUUAUUUCAGUAAUUCACUUGGGUUCAAAUUGGGUAUCAAGAAUCGUCUAACUUCUUAUUGGUAUAACUGGUACCUAACUCGUAAAGUAGAGCUGUUUAACUUGUGACAUAGUCAUAAUCAGAUUUUUCCAUUGUUUCCAGUCUUUAUGCUAAGCUACGCUAACUGGUUGCUCAUCAUAACUUGAUAUUUACAUUACAUUUAACUUUCGGCAAGAAAGCAAAUUAUUUUAGAAAAGUUUAACAGUAUUUCUUUGAAGUACAUUUUGAAGCUGCUUUCACUGAGUUUGAUUCUGCAAAGGAAGUUUGAAACUGCCUUUGCAUAUAAUUAAGAUACUCAUGAUUCUUACUUAUUUCAGAUCCAUCAUUGUGUCUGUGUCACUGCUCCAGGCCUCACAGACUGCUCUCUAUGCACUCAAUACUCCCAGCUUAUUUCCCUGAAUGUCAACUAAAUUGGACGAAUGAGGGAAUUAUAACACAUGAAGAGGAAGGGACUUGGCACAAAAGUCAUCCAUAAACCAUAGAGCGGAGACGACUCGUGUCAACCAGCGUUGACGAAGUGCCGGUGGAAGAUUUGUGCAGACGCAUUGAUAAACUAUCUAGAUGGGCACCCAGGCCCCAGCGGCCCUCUCCCUAUCUCACAAUGUAAAGAUUUAAAUGGGUUCUCGUGCAAGAUAAUUUUGUAUAUGUGAUUACUGUGGUGUAAAUAUGCAUCUGCGUUGUAUAAAGAUAUAUUAAUUGAUUGACAGAAUGUUAUUCAGACCUUGUUGGAUGUUAAAGUGUUGGUAUAGAUAUUAUGCAUUGAGCAGUGGUCGAGGAAAAGAAGACUAUAUUCCCCUCUGGCAUCAGUCCAUGGACUCUAGAUAUGUCUGUGCUGAAGACCCUUCUGAUCAUGUCUUUAUUUUUAAAAUCCCAAUAACCAGGUCAUAUAGCAAUAGUGAUCCAGUGUUUCAGUGUUGAAUUAUGCAUAACCCCCUUGUUUUCCAUUAUGAAAGAGCGUAUUGCAAAAUGAUGUUGUUCUGUCACGUUUUAUCUUGUGUCAGUGGGAACUCCACACUGUAAUAACACCUGGAAAUUGAAUUGUCCCCAGGAAAUCUACUUUCCCUUUCACUGCGUGUUUAGAAUAAGCUCUAUAAAAUCAUGUCCUGAAUAAAAUGUGUUAUGCUCCAAAGACACACUUAUUUGCCGCAGUAAACACAAGCCUCCUUCACAAACUUCUCUUAGCUGUUUUGUUUUAUCCGUACUGUGACAUCAGUGUGUUGACCUG